UGUAUUCACUCUAUACCAGCAAGCCGCUGUGACAAGCUGGGUUACCUAGUUACGCGGAUCACCUAGGAGGAAACGUGGAUGUAGACACUGCCGAGAGUUUUAGGUCCCUUACAUUGAAUUGGGCCUAGGGAUGUUUUUAACAAGGUCGAAAGCCCCCCCGCUGCUUCUUCUCCCCAGCAUCCUCGAACUAUCGUUCAGCCGCAACGCAGCCUUUGGUACUGCCCGUAGGGCCUCCUCCGUCUGAAGAAUAUAAACUCAUACCCACUUCUCCCAAAGACAUCCCUCGCCUUACUUAUCUGCUUAUCUACUCUUUCUCAUUGCCACUAACUCCCCCACUCGCUUGUUCACUCGCUCCACGCCACCAUGGACGCCCUGCCUACCCUCGUGGCCAACACCAGCCAUGACGGUAACAGCUCCAAACACGGGCUUCCCGAUGGACUCCUCGACACCCUUUCGCCGCUUCUCGGGUUCCAGCUCAACCCGCUGAUGAAGCUGUUCACGCUCCUCCACGAAAUCAUUGAGAGUCCCCUCGGCAUCGAUCUCACCUACAUCCUGAUCUUGGUUUGGUGAAGUCGUGGGCCAUAGCUCACGAGAGAAAGGUUUAUUAGCUGAACCCCCCGUUCAUCAGCAAAGGGGGGUGGCUGUGCUAACCUCC